UCGGCCGGGCCCGCAGGUAGGAGCCGCCGAGAGACGCGACCCCCGGUGCCUGUCCCCACCCUCACGGGCGCUGCGCCCCGCUGCUGCCGCCUGCUUCGAGGGCGCACCCACAGUGCCACCAUGAGCGAGGCCUUUGACUGUGCAAAAUGUGGUGAAUCCCUGUAUGGCCGCAAGUACAUUCAGACAGACGGCGGACCCCACUGCGUGCCCUGCUAUGACAACACCUUUGCCAACACCUGUGCUGAGUGCCAGCAGCUUAUUGGGCAUGACUCGAGGGAGCUGUUCUAUGAAGACCGCCACUUCCACGAGGGCUGCUUCCGCUGCUGCCGCUGCCAGCGCUCCCUGGCCGAUGAGCCCUUCACCUGCCAGGACAGCGAGCUGCUCUGCAAUGACUGCUACUGCAGUGCCUUCUCCUCACAGUGCUCUGCCUGUGGGGAGACCGUCAUGCCUGGGUCCCGGAAGCUGGAGUAUGGAGGCCAGACGUGGCAUGAGCACUGUUUCCUGUGCAGUGGCUGUGAGCAGCCGCUGGGCUCCCAUUCUUUUGUGCCUGACAAGGGUGGUCACUACUGUGUACCCUGCUACGAGAACAAGUUUGCACCUCGCUGUGCCCGCUGCAGCAAGACGCUGACACAGGGAGGCGUGACAUACCGUGACCAGCCCUGGCAUCGAGAAUGCCUGCUCUGCACCGGGUGCCAGACACCCCUGGCAGGACAGCAGUUCACCUCCCGGGAUGAUGAUCCCUACUGCGUGGACUGUUAUGGGGAACUCUUUGCACCUAAGUGCAGCAGCUGCAAGCGCCCCAUCACAGGACUUGGUGGGGGCAAGUAUGUGUCCUUUGAAGACCGUCACUGGCACCACAGCUGCUUCUCCUGCGCCCGCUGCUCCACCUCCCUGGUGGGCCAAGGCUUCGUGCCCGACGGAGACCAAGUGCUGUGCCAGGGCUGCAGCCAGGCAGGGCCCUGAGGCAGGGCUCCUGGGCCCAGGCCCUCCCAAACCAGGGCUCUAGGACUAUGACUCCCUUUCCAAACCACCUCUCGGACCCCAGCCCCUCCCCAAAAUGGAACUGCCCCUUGGCUCCAGGAUUCAGCCUCCUUAUCCCAACAUCUCCAAACUGGUACUCCAUGACCCAGGGUCCCCAGACCCAGCCUCUUAUAGAGCCUCCAGGAUUCAAGCUCCCACCCCAACUCCAGAACUCAGCCCUCUCCCCCAUGGUCUCAGACAAAGGCCCCUUCACAAAUCAGAGCUCUAGACCCCAGCCCUCCAAACAUGGGCCCUGGAACCCAGAUCCCCUUAAAUCUAGACUUCUCUCCAAAGACGUUUGGUCUUCUGUGGGUGCCUGAGAAGUCCUAAAAAGUGGGCUAUACUCAGGUCUGAUUCCUCUUCUGGCCCCAUUCCAAUCCCAUCACUAGGGCUGGGGCUGUCUAAGCAGCAGGGCAGGGGUUGCUGGUUGGGGGUGGGGGUCCUAGCGUGCAGGAGCUCUGUGUCCACCGAGUGUCUUCUCAUUUCAUUUCAGCUCCAUUUUACCGAGAGAUGGGCAGAGGGGUGGCCAUGGGGCUCCCCCCUCCAGAUUCUGUAAUAAAGCAGUGUGAGAAA